GCCGGGCUGUAUCCCCGCGGCGGCGGAGCCGAUUAGAUAAGCGGCACGUAGGCUGCUACGGGUCUCCUCGUCAAAAACCAGCCCUAGAGCAAGAGCCAGCAUCUUGCGAGAUCUUGGGCCUAACCUCGACCGCUUCUCAAAGACACGUGUUGCUGUGGGACGAAGCGCGGAAUGCACGACACGGGCCAGAGUGAAGGCCACCUAAAUGGUGUGCUGCACAGUGAGAGGGUGGCCAUCCUGGAUGCAGGGGCCCAGUAUGGAAAGGUCAUCGAUCGGCGUAUCCGUGAGCUCUGCGUCGAGUCCGUCAUGCUGCCCCUGUCGACCAGCGCCAAGACGCUAGUCAGCCAGGGAUACAGGGCUAUCGUCAUCUCUGGCGGGCCUGGCUCCGUGUAUGCACCCGACGCUCCCAAAUACGACCCUGAGAUCUUCCAGUGUGGCCUUCCAGUUCUGGGCAUCUGCUAUGGAAUGCAGAUGAUCAACCGAGAAUUUGGUGGAACUGUGACGCAAAAGGACGCUCGAGAAGAUGGCCAGUUCAAGAUUCAGGUGGACCAGAAGUGCCCACUCUUCAAAGGUAUGGACAAGGAAGAAGAGGCACUGCUGACCCAUGGCGAUAGCAUUGACAAGCCCGCUGAAAAUUUCAAAAUCAUUGCUCAAUCUGGAACAACAGUUGCAGCAAUCGCCAAUGAGAAGAUGAAGCUCUACGGUGUCCAGUUCCACCCCGAGGUCGAUCUGACGCCCAAGGGCAAGUCCAUGUUCUCCAACUUCCUCUACGACAUUGCUGGCCUCUCGGGCAACUUCACCCUGCAGAGCAGAGAGCUCGAGUGCAUUGAGUACAUCCGAAGAACUGUGGGACAAAGCAAGGUCUUGAUGCUGGUGAGUGGCGGCGUGGACUCGACUGUGUGUGCUGCUCUCCUGCACAAGUCCCUUCGGGAGGACCAGGUGAUAGCACUUCACAUCGACAACGGCUUCAUGCGCAAGGAUGAGAGUGUACAGGUGGAGCAGUCGUUGAGGCAGCUUGGCUUGCGCCUGAGAGUAGUCGACGCGUCGCACCAGUUCUACAACGGCACCACUACGGUGCCGAUUGACCCCAAGGACCCGCAGCGAAAGCGUACCACCAAGAUGCUUUGCCAGACGGCACAUCCCGAGGAGAAGCGCAAGAUUAUUGGGGACACCUUCAUGCGGGUGGCCAAUGAAGUUAUCAGUGAGCUUCAGCUGAACCCGGAAGAGGUGUUUUUGGGCCAGGGAACACUGAGGCCCGACCUCAUCGAGAGUGCCUCACACCUGGCUAGUGGCCAGGCUGAUGCGAUCAAGACUCACCACAAUGACACCGAUUUGGUGCGGCAACUGCGGGCACGGGGUCGUGUUGUGGAACCCCUGAAGGACUUUCACAAAGACGAAGUUCGAGCCCUCGGCAGGGACCUGGGCCUGCCCAGCGAGCUUGUACAGAGGCACCCCUUCCCUGGACCUGGCCUUGCCGUUAGGGUAUUAUGUGGGGACGAGCCCUACAUGGAGAAGGAUUUCUCUGAAACUAGUGUCUUGGUCAAGAUCAUCAUCGACUACUCGAAUUCUCUAAAAAAGAAGCACUCCCUCAUCAACAGAGUUCAAAAUGGUGCAUCCGAAGAGGAGUGCGAGUUUCUCAGUCGCGUUUCGACGCAGUACAAGCUUGUAUCCACCCUGCUGCCCAUAAAGAGUGUUGGUGUACAGGGUGACCGACGAACGUACAGCUACGUGGUGGGCCUCUCAUCAGCCGAGGAACCCAGCGACUGGGAGGACAUGAUGUGCCUCGCUAAGCUCAUCCCCAAGAUAUGUCACAACAUCAACAGGGUGGUUUACAUCUUUGGCGGCCCCGUGGCAUUUCCGGUCCAAGACGUGACGCCGACGUUCUUGACGCCUCUGGUGCUGAGCACACUACGGCAGUGCGACUUUGUGGCGCAGCGGGCGCUGCGAGCGUCGGGCUACCAGCCAGCGCUGUCGCAGAUGCCGGUGAUUCUGUUGCCGCUCCACCUCGACCGCGAUGUCGUUAGUCGGCAGCCGUCGUGCCAGCACUCGAUCGUCAUCAGGACGUUCAUCACUCAGGACUUCAUGACCGGCAUCCCCGCCACGCCCAACAAGCACCUACCCCUAGAUGUAAUCAAGAAGAUGGUGGGUGAAAUCCAGGCCGUUCCUGGUAUCUCCCGCGUCAUGUAUGACCUCACGCCCAAGCCUCCGGGAACGACAGAGUGGGAGUAGACACACACUGUGCGCUUUUGAUGGCAUUGGCUCCAUUGUGCUCUGCCCUUGCAGCUCAGGGCCCACCCGCCUCGACUGUUCAGUUUGUUUUGACUUUUUGCUGUCGCGUUUUUUUUCAUGCUGUCCAAGCAGCGUCUGUGUGAGACGGAGUUAAUUGCGUUUUAGACUUCUUGAAUCGGAUCGCUGUUGUUCCAUUUGUUAAUUUUCUCUUUGUUUUAAUACCGAAGGCACUUUUUUACAAGUGGUUUCUUGUUGCCGAAGUGAAGUGUUAAACAGCUCUUCAGUGAGUAAACCUGACAUUGUUUUCAAAUUUCCCUGUUGCAGCUCCAGUUCUGUUCAUUGCCGAUUGUCAAAUCAAUUUCUCGCUUUCUUUCCAUUUUAUAAUGUUAAAAAAUGAGAGAAACUGUAAGGCUAUGGUUGGCUAUGUUUCAUCUCAUUCAAAGCAGCUUGUAAUAUCUGCAGCGUUACCAUUUGCUCUGAAAGUGCUGCAUGGACAUUUUCUCUCAUGUGAGUCAGUUGCGCUACUGUAAAGUUUUUAUGGCUUCAUAAUGGGGAACUUGAGUGUAGUAUGUACUAGCUCUUUUCUUUAUGCGUUGCUUUACCAUUGUGUCAAUGUUGGGCACUAGCGGCCUACAGAUUUCUAUGACCUUCAUCAGUUCUUGCUGAAAACGUAAUAUAUAAUAAAUCCUUUCUUUAGUUCUGAGGUUCUGUAAAGUGAACUGCUGCCUGACGGAGCACACUGGGGCCUCGAGAAGGCCGUCGAAAGCAGUCUAUUGUAGUACAAAAAGUGCAAGGAAGUGAUGUGUCUGAGCUGCUGACAAGCCUUUGCUAAUAAGUGGCAUGUGCAGGACGAUUUGGUUAAGCAAGUGGCGCCCAAGAACUGAGCGAGGUGAGCAGUGUCUCUGUAGAAUGUUGCUAGGUGAAAGUGAUUAAAGAAUAUGAAAUUGCA